UACAUCAGUUCCCACUGCUUAGAUAGGUUCCCUGUGAAGGCAAGAUGUAAGGACACUAUUAUCCGACAGCUCAGCAAGCUCUCUCAACUGCCUCAGCCAGCCUCCCUUUCCCUUCUUCCCCAGACCUGGAUUGAGUGUCCGACAGUACGGAGUCAGACCUGAGUCCCCAUUGUCACUAUGAGCAACUCAGUCACUCUAGGGGACCUGGGGCAGCUCCUCGAAGAUGGUCUGAGGAUUUCAGAACCUCUGAUUCUAGAUGAGAUCUCUGAUAGUUCUGAGUAUAGCCUCAGAGGGUCUUCUAAAUUCACCGUUGAACAAGACUCUCCUAAACGCUGGAAGCAAUUAGAACAGUGGGUGGCAGAUCUGCAAGCUGAAGUGGUUUGCCUUCGAGGGCAAAAGGAGCGUUCAGAUCAAGCUGUUCUGAGUUUGUUGAGGGAGCUGCUCCAGAUCCGGGCUCGGAUACAGGUGCAAGACUCUGAGCUGGAGCUGAUCCGUGAUGAAGUGAAGCAGCUUACCAGAAUACCAGAGAAGGAAGCCUGUGAGCCUUCCAGUGCUACAGGUCAGAGUCACAUGGAGUUGAUGGAGAAAAGGUUGGUGGAGGUCCGAGAUGCCCUAACCCAAGUUAGGCGGAAACAGGCUCUCCAGGAAACAGAAAAGAAGAACUUUGAGACAGAACUAACCCUCAGGUUGGAUAAGCUGAAUGGGGACCUAAAAGAAGAAGCUGAGGGGCGGGAAACAGCCUGCAGUACUCUGCUGCAGAGCCAAGAAGAGAGUGCCUGCCGAACUAGUCGGGAUAUUGCUGGGAUACAGGCUCAGGCACUUCAGCUUGGAGAGGAGAUGAGUCUCAAAUUCCUGAAAAGAGAAGCCAAGCUUUGUGGCCACCUUCAGAAAAACUUCAUGGCCAUUGAGAAGAAAAUGAAAGUUUCUGAGAAUACAAGACUCAAAUCUGAGAAGAACCUCUGGGAAGAACUGGAGGUGAAAUGGCAGAAAAUCCAGGUGCUAAAUGAAGACCAUUUCCGAAGCCUGAAGCAUCAGCAAGAGCAGGAAGAGUCUCGUCUCUUAGACCAGUGUCGAGCCCUGGACAAUGCAGUCAUCCAGUUAACUGAGUUUGUGAGAGAGAACCAGACAUCACUCAAUAGGGUCCUGCAGGCAGAGCAGAAGAACAGAGAAGCUCAGGAGCAGUAUGAGAAGGAGAGUGUGGAGAAGUUUACCAUGAAACUGCAGAAUGACAUUUCAGCUGUCAGGGAGUCUUUUGACAAUGCACAUCGGGAAGCUCGCAGUGAACUGGAAAAGAUCCAAGAAAAGAGUCAGGUCUUGGAAGAGUCCAUUGGUCGGUUGGUCAGGGAAGUCAGAGACUUAAGUGACCAUUUUGUUGCUUUGAGCUGGAAAUUUGACCUUCAGGAACAGACCUUGAACCUGAAAAUGUCUGAGGCAAGGAAGGAGUGUUCGGAAGAGGAGAAAAAAGCACUAGAGAAAUUCAUUCAGUGGCAGAACGAAACCAUAGUGCAUCUUAAGGAAUUACAAGAGAAAGUAGAAAGCUUCCUUAAGCAGAUAGGAGAUGUGAAUGACAGGUGUCUCCUCCACAGAAAUGACUCUGAUCAGAAAAUAAUCACUGAGAGCAGAACCCGACUAAUGGAGGAUCUGAGAAAUGCUGACCUGGAAAAGAUGAGUCCCCUGCAUCAAUACAGGACUGUUUCCUCUCUCCAGUCAACCAUCCCUGUUCUCCAUCAAAGGAAAAAUGAGAUGAGGAUAGUGAAGCAGGAAUUGGCAGUAGUGCUUUCUGCCCUGCAGCUGCUCAAGGAGGACAACCCUAACAGGAAGAUAGCGGAAAUACAGGGCAAGCUGACUACGUUUCAGAGUCAGAUAAUGAAGAUGGAAAACAACAUACAAGACAACAAGACCAUACAGAACCUGAAAUUUAACACUGAAACCAAACUGAGGGUAGAAGAGAUUGCUCACCUCCGGGAGAAUGUGAUGAAGCUAUGGAGUGAGGAAGGACCCUGGACCCUGACGCUUGGUAGCAAAAGAAUGCUCAUGUCCCUUGUGAGACAACGAUUUUUUAUCAAGGAUGUGGGCCCUGACGAGGUCACCCAGAUAAACAGAUGGGGCAUUUAUCAGGCAGUGAGGUGGCUGAAAUGGAAAACACUUUUACUCAAGCUUUUAGCUAAGGGAAGGCCAAGGAAAGUCUUUCAUCUCAGGGGUCCUAGUGGAGAAGCCUACAGAUCUGGAACCUAUUCAUUGAUCUGACUUUCCUCUCUUCCUAGAAAUAAAAUGCUUUCUCUUAUGUGAAA